AUGGGUGCACAGACGCAAUCUCCUCCGCAAUUCACAUAUAUCCAAUCGAAGGGUAUUUAUCAUGGCCUCCCCGUCAUUGCGGGGCCAGAUUCUCCCAAGGGACUGACUGCGAUUGUAACGGGAGCCAACGGUAUAUCGGGCAGCUACAUGGUCCGCGUGCUAGCUGAGUCCCCCGAGCGCUGGGCAAAUAUAUACGCCAUGUCACGUCGUGCAGCAGUCGAAGAUGGGAAGUAUGGAAAUGUGACGCAUCUCGAGUUGGACUUCUUGGAAACCUCACCAGAAGAUUUGGCCAAGGCUAUGGUGGAGAAUGGGGUUAAGGCUGACUACGUUUUCUACUACUCGUAUAUCCAGGUUCCUCCAAGGGCUGACGGGUUGAUAUGGUCGAAUGCACAGGGGAUGUGCAAUGUGAACGGUGCAUUGCUUUCCAAUUUCCUCAAGGCUCUCAAACUUGCCUCAAUUACGCCCAAGCGCUUCAUGCUCCAAACUGGCGCCAAAAACUACGGUUCACACCUAGGCAGCUCGAAAUCGCCACAAGUAGAAUCAGACCCUCGCGUGACAUUAGAACCAAACUUUUACUAUGACCAAGAAGAUCUGCUCUUCCAGUUUUGCAAGGAGACAGGCGUGGAAUGGAACGUCGUUCGUCCUUCAUUCAUGAUUGGCGCUGCAAGGGACGCAGCCAUGAAUCUGGCAUACGGUCUCGGCGUCUUUGCUGCCGUCCAUGCUCAUUUAGGCGAGCCGCUCAUUUUCCCCGGAAAUAUAGCUUCGUUCGAUGUUAUUAGAGAUUUAUCUUCGUCCAAGUUGACUAGCUACCUGGCGGAGUGGGCCGUACUAAAUCCGGAUGCCCGCAACGAGGCAUUCAAUGCUUGCGACUGCAGCGCUGUGACCCCGGGCGCUCUCUGGACCGCGCUUGCAAAGAUCUACGGAACUGGAUAUAAGGCCCCAGAUCCAAAUGCCGAAUAUCAGUGUUUCAUCUUUCCAUUUGACCCUCCUCCCCGCGGAUUCGGGCCUCCCGAAAAGAUGGAAUUCAGGUACAGUUUUGCCGCAUGGUCGUACGACCCGAAGGUCCACGCAGCAUGGCAAGAACUCUCACAGAAACAUGGCAUUGCCUAUAACCCGUUUUCCUCGCCGGCUGAUCGCAACCGUAUCUUUGGCCUCACGGAUGCCGCUAUUUUGCCCGGAAUUCCCGUGCAGUUCAGCAUGGACAAAUCCCGAAAAUUCGGUUGGCAUGGUACUGUCGACAGUCUCGCGUCGUUGCGCAGUGUUCUCGAGGAACUUAUUGAGAUGAAAAUGUUACCACCACUACCUUCGACCGCGUAG